AUGGUUAAAUGGUAAGAAAUCAUCAAUUUGCUAUUAACUCACAAAUUCCCAUACAGGAAUUUAACUUAAGCACAAAAAGUAAAGGAAAAAGGCUGACGGCUAACAUCCAGACAGCUCUAUUCAAGUUUAUGAAUGAUUUACUCUUAAGAGUGGCAGGACUUAAUGCAAAUGAGCAUAAAGGAAACUGUCAGCUGCAUUGUGGUUCAACCAAUAGAAGCUCAGCUCCAUCUUGGCUGUGCACUAGACUGCAUUACAAACAGACGAUACCAUCGCUUCAACAGCAUUCUCUCAGACAAGAGAUUUAAAAGAGCAACCAAGAAGUGGAAUCUCUAAAAAUGGCAUCCAACCACUGGAACGAAACCACCUCUGUUUAUCAGUAUCUUGGUUUUCAAGUUCAAAAAAUUUACCCUUUCCAUGAUAACUGGAACACUGCCUGCUUUGUUAUCCUGCUUUUAUUCAUAUUUACAGUGGUAUCUUUAGUGGUGCUGGCCUUUCUUUAUGAAGUACUCGACUGUUGCUGCUGUGUAAAAAACAAAACUGUGAAAGAGUUCAAAAACGAACCUAACCCUCUAAGAAGUAUGAUGAACAACAUCAGAAAACGGGAAACUGAAGUGGUCUAACACUCUACCAAAGAGGAACAAAAUCUUUGAAAGAAGCCUUGGGCCUCUUCAGACAAAAAGAAAAUGUAUGUUAUUAGAGAACUUAUUCUCUCAAUGGUUAAAAGAUUUCUAGUAGAAGGGAAAAACAAGUGAAAUGUGCACUUCCUGUUGUAUGUGUAUUCUUUUCAUUAAACAGUAAAACUUCAAAAACCAA